AUGCUAAUACCCGUAUUCAUUUGGGUUGCAAUUAUUUUGUUUAUGUGGAAAAAUCUUCGAUUGCAUUGGCGUAAAAUUAUCGCACCAAUGGCAACUGCGAAGCAUUGCGAAGCAAGCGGUAAUCUAUUAAAUGUGGAAAACGAAAUUAUGACAAUGCCAACAUGGGACGGUAUCCUGGAAGCUCGCUUCGAGCAGACAACACAAUCAGUGCAUGAUGAAAUUAAAUGGUUUCCUGAAGAGGAUACGGCUGAAAUGCGGAAUCAGGGAGAAAAGAAAACGAAUACGGAGUAG